AUGAUUUUAUUACCUUAUGCUAAUGGCAAAACAGAUAUUCCUAUUAUUAAUUCUGGUAAUGCUAUUUCUAAUAAGUAUUCAUUAUUAUCAUCAUCAUCUUUAUCAGAUGAUAUUUUUGAUAUACAUGAACCGAUCAAGAAUAUUAUUGGAG